AUGUCGUUCGACACAGCUCUGACGCGAGCCUUGGGGAUCAAGGUUCCCGUGGUUCAGGGAGGCAUGAUGUGGGUAGGCUACGCCGAGCUUGCCAGCGCUGUAUCAAACGCCGGCGGUCUUGGUAUCAUCACUGGAUUGACUCAGCCAACGCCAGAAGAUUUGCGGAAAGAGAUUCAGCGGUGUAAGAAGAUGACAUCCAAGCCCUUCGCCGUCAAUCUCACCAUGCUUCCAAACAGCAAUCCUCCAGACUACCACGGAUACGCCAAGGCUGCAAUUGAAGAAGGCAUUCGAAUCAUUGAAACUGCUGGCGCGGGACAAACAUUCAAAGAAGUCGUCAAGAGAUUCAAAGAUGCGGGAUGUAUCGUUCUGCAUAAGUGUACCACCAUAAAGCAUGCAUUGAGCGCAGUGAAACUAGGCGUCGAUUUCCUAAGCAUUGACGGCUUCGAGUGUGCUGGACACGUUGGCGAGACUGAUAUUCCCAACUUCAUCCUACUUUCUCGCGCAAGACAAGAACUCGGCAAUAUUCCUUUCAUCGCGUCGGGUGGCUUCGCUGAUGGACAAGGACUCGCCGGUGCGUUGGCUUUGGGUGCAUGUGGUAUCAACAUGGGAACCCGAUUCAUGUGCACUGUCGAGGCUCCUAUUCAUAACAACAUCAAGAAAUCAAUCGUUGGCGCAUCCGAGAAUGACACGGAGAUCGUGCUCCGGCGAUGGAAAAACAGUAACCGGUACUUCAAGAAUAAAACCACCGAUGACGCAUUGAAGGUUGAGAGAGAGAGCACGACAGGAGAAUUUUCCGAAGUACUUCCGUACGUCAACGGAAAGAGAGGUCGAGAGGUGUUUAUCAAUGGCGACCCAGAAUAUGGCGUGUGGACCGCAGGCUUAUGCAUUGGACUCAUCCAUGACAUCCCAACAUGCGAGGACCUGGUGGCRCGAAUCGAGAGGGAGGCGCUCGAGACGAUCAGCAAGCAGCUUUCUUACGUCAAGGAUCGGGCUAGGUUGUGA